AUGGAUUCUUCCCUAGUUUUUGGAGGUGCAGAAGAAUGCCACAGCAGUGAAUCCGGGUGGACUAUGUACAUUGGCUCACCUGUGCAAGGUGAGGAGGAUGAUGAUAUUGAUCCAAGUGGCUAUGAUGCUCAUGGAGAAUUUGAUGGUUUAGCUGAAGAAAAUCAUAAAGCUAAUCAUCAUGAUGCAAAUAGUGAUGAUUCUAUGGCCUCUGAUGCUUCUUCUGGUCCCAGUCAUCGAGAGCAACCGUGGACGGCUGGUCGCGGAAUAACUGAAUACUACAAGGGGCAUGACGCCAAUGUUGAUGGAAAACAUUGCUCCAGCCACAAAAGCAAGAAGGCGGGAGUCAAGAAGAAUAGGCAUGAGAAGAAGAAUAAAGAGAAGGAUGAGGCUGAAGUUGCUGCAAAGGGAGUCAAGUAUUUUACACAAGGUAGUAAGCCAUCAAUAGCAGAAGUUAUUUUGAAGCCUGUAGAAAUUAGAAUCCUGGCAUGA